GCUCCGCGCAGAGGAUUGUGGGUCGGAGGAGGCAGCAGCGGAGCAUCAUCAUCCUCACUACCGGGACCGGGACUCUUCUGACCGGACUGUACGCUGAGCUGGGAGCCGUUGGUCCGCACUGAAGUGCCUUAAGAGCGGAGAUGGGACACGGAGACCUGAUGAGCCAGGCGGAGGAUGUAGCGGACCAGUUCCUGAGGGUCACCAAGCACUACCUCCCCCAUGUGGCCCGGCUGUGCCUGGUCAGUACCUUCCUGGAGGACGGGGUCCGGAUGUGGUUCCAGUGGGGGGAGCAGAGCGAGUACAUCGAGUCCACCUGGAACUGCGGAGUCUUCCUCGCCGGCGUCUUCGUCCUGCUCAACCUGCUGGGGCAGCUGGGUGGCUGUGUGUUGAUCCUCAGUAGAAACUUUGUUCAGUACGCCUGUUUCUCUCUGUUCGGGAUCAUCGCCCUGCAGACAGUCGCCUACAGCAUCCUGUGGGACCCAAAGUUCCUCAUGAGGAACCUGGCGUUGGGGGGGGGUCUCCUCCUCCUGCUGGCUGAGUGCAGGGGGGAGGCUCGCAGUGUGUUUGCAGGAGUUCCCUCUCUGGGUCAUCAGAGUUCUCCGAAGCACCUCCUGCAGCUCGGAGGUCGAGUCCUCCUCGUCCUCAUGUUCAUGACGCUGCUGCACUUUGACCUCAGCCUGUUCAGUAUCCUGCAGAACCUGGUGGGGACGGCGCUCAUCGUGCUGGUGGCGGUGGGCUUUAAGACGAAGCUGGCGGCGCUGACUCUCGUCGUCUGGCUGCUCUGCAUCAACUUCACCUUCAACGCCUUCUGGAACAUCCCGUCAUACAAACCCAUGCACGACUUCCUCAAGUACGACUUCUUCCAGACCACGUCGGUCAUCGGGGGCCUGCUGCUGGUGGUGGCCCUGGGGCCCGGGGGGGUCUCCAUGGAUGAGAAGAAGAAGGAGUGGUGAGGAGGAGGAGGAGGAGGAGGAGGAGUCUCCGUGGACGAAGAGGAACUGAUGCUAAAAGAGGGGAGGAAGAAAAGAUGGAGGACAGUACAGAGGUUCAGUCUGCUCUGAACUUUAGGCUUUUAUUUUGAAAAAUGAUUCUAUAGUGAACCCCAAACGACACGCUGGGACCGACAGACGUUUGUACUCAUUCAUUCAUUCAUUCAUUCAUUCAGAUAUUUGAAUGGAGUCUGGUGAGACUGCAGGUCAGAGAGCUCCGAUAUGAUCCAAUCAGAACGAGGGACGGGAAUCAAGAACCGGUUCCAAAGGUUCUUUAUCACUGUUGUAAAACAAUAAAGUCCUCUGAGUGUACGCUGCCGGAGGAACAACAGGAAGGAGUAACAUCUGAGCUCCUUUAUCUGCAGAGAUCAGCAGCAGAUGUUUGUGAACAACCUCAAUAUCACCAGACUCCAUUCACAAAUCUCACAGUUUUAGUUACUGAGAGAAACAUUAUCUACCACAGAUUGUUCAUCAUUGUUCCACAUUAACUUAACGUCCUCUCCUGUGUCCACUGAGAGACACUGUUGGACCGUCAGCAGCCUGCUGGACGCACACUUCACUUUCUCUGACAUUAGAUAGAUAGAUAGAUAGAUAGAUAGAUAGAUAGAUAGAUAGACAGAUAGAUAGACAGAUAGAUAGAUAGAUAGAUAGAUAGACAGAUAGAUAGAUAGAUAGAUAGAUAGAUAGAUAGAUAGAUAGAUAGAUAGAUAGAUAGAUAGAUAGAUAGAUAGAUAGAUAGAUAGAUAGAUAGAUAGAUAGAUAGAUAGAUAGACAGACAGACAGAUAGAUAGAUAGAUAGAUACUUUAUUCAGUUUCCACAGACUGGGAUUAAACAGAAGAUUUAAGCAGAAUGCAGAAGAACAACGUCUUUCUUUGAUCUGUUAGUGAAACAUCAGAUUAACGCAGUCAGAGGAAGUUAAAGUGUGAGUCAGUGAUAAACUCCCACAAUGCACCACAGAGCGUCAGUCCUGCAGGCUGCUGACUGACAGCAGUGUUUGUGUGCGUAUAGAACAGGAAGUCUUCAUUGGUUAGAAUGAAGCUGCAGACUGAACCUCUGAACUACUGAUACACUGCAGCUUUCAUACGUCUGACCUCUGUCUAUUUACUCCACUCUCCUCUUCCUCAGCAACCAAUCAGAGAUCCUCUGCGUGUCACAUGAUGUGUGUGUCGUAUGAGCGCUGCUGCCUCGUCUUUUCUGUGCAGGUCUGGUUUAAUGGACAGAAACUGUUCUCUGGUUUUAUAAAAGGUUUCGAUCCGUCUCCGUAAUGAAAUCUUGUUGUAAUGAGUGCGAGUGUCCAGCAGGUGGUGCUGUUUCCCUGCAGCAGCUCUGUUCCACGCACAAACACUCAGAGAGUGAAAGGACGUCCUGUCUGUCUCUGAGGAUCUUUACAGUUGUGACAAAGUGAAAUCAUUUUCUAUCGUGUGUUUUUGUAGAUGUUGUUUAAUAAAUCAGUCCAGCAUUAUGAA